CCAGCACGGGCGGCUCAGCCCACAUCCGCCUUGUCUAAUAAAAGCUCCUCCUUCUUCUUCACUACUGCAGAAGAGCAAGGCAUCGGGGGGGCACCAGGCGCUCUCUAUAUUACACUUGUAGCUAAACUGUUUCAUUUACCCUUCGCCGGAGUCUAAAGCAAUGGCAUCUACAAAGGAGAAGCUGAUCGAGAACGUGUUGAGGGAAGAUGCCGUUGGCUCCAGGAACAAGGUGACGGUGGUUGGUGUUGGCAUGGUGGGCAUGGCCUGCUCCGUCAGUAUCCUCAUGAAGGAACUAGCUGAUGAGAUGGUUCUGGUCGAUGUCAUUGAGGAUAAACUGAAAGGCGAAGCCAUGGACCUGCAGCAUGGAAGUCUCUUCCUUAGGACCCCGAAGAUUGUGUCUGACAAAGAUUACAGUGUGACUGCAAACUCCAAGGUGGUGGUGGUGACAGCUGGUGCCCGGCAGCAGGAGGGCGAGAGCCGCCUCAACCUGGUGCAGCGCAACGUCAACAUCUUCAAGUUCAUUAUUCCCAACAUCGUCAAGUACAGCCCCAACUGCAUUCUCCUCAUUGUCUCCAACCCAGUGGACAUCUUGACUUACGUGGCCUGGAAGCUGAGUGGUUUCCCCAGGAACCGUGUCAUUGGCAGUGGUACCAACCUGGACUCUGCUCGCUUCCGCCACCUGAUGGGCGAGAAACUCAACAUCCAUCCAUCCAGCUGCCAUGGCUGGGUCAUUGGGGAACAUGGAGACUCCAGUGUACCUGUGUGGAGUGGUGUGAAUGUGGCUGGGGUCACCCUCCAGAACAUCAACCCACAACUGGGCUCAGAUGCAGAUGAAGAAAACUGGAAGAGUGUCCACAAGAUGGUAGUUGACAGUGCCUAUGAGGUCAUCAAGCUGAAAGGGUAUACAUCCUGGGCUAUCGGGCUGUCUGUAGCUGACUUGGUGGAGAGUAUCAUGAAGAACCUGAGAAAGGUGCACCCAGUGUCCACCCUGGUCCAGGGCAUGCACGGUGUGAAGGAUGAGGUCUUCCUCAGUCUGCCCUGCGUCCUGGGCAACAGUGGGCUCACCGAUGUGGUGCACAUGACUUUGAAGGCCAGUGAGGAGAAGCAGCUGGUGAAGAGCGCAGAGACCCUAUGGGGUGUCCAGAAGGAGCUCGUCCUUUGAGGGUCAUACAGAGAUGACCACGGUGGCUUUGAAGCUACCUCCUUUAGCUAACACUCCCCUUAGCACUCCUGAACCAAACAGUUAAACCAAACAGUCUCUAAACAGUUAAGCACCUUACUGCCUCACUGUACCUGCGCUUGUUGGAAUUCUCCUUUGUCAGCAGUGAUUUUUGUCUGUACUUGUCUUUGUUGUGCAGUCUAUAUAGAGUAUUUAAAAAUAAAACAAGGGCCAGAUCUGCAAGAAAACGUAUGGUUUUAUGGUCUUAAACCAAAAAUCAGCCAUUCCAUACAUCAACCAAAGCUGUUAUUUUUUGGUUAGAAGUUAAACAAAACUGCAUUUCUGAGAGCUAUUCACUGCCUUGUGAGGCUUCUAUCUGACCAUUAGUACUACUAAAUGGGGCAGGGUUAAUGUUACCAUCAGCUUGUCUUGUUAGGCAGCUACCUUUGUUUACAGUUGUAAUCUCUAGACUGAAAGCUUAAUUGUGUCAGUCUUUGGACUGUCCCAUAGCACUUUCCUAAUAAAGCAAUGUCUUGUUCUGGUCUCUGA